AUGAGAUCUCUGCACCUCCACCCCUCCACCGCCUCUGGCCCCCGGACCCGGGCAAUGCUGCUGCUGCCGCUGCUCGUGACGCAACUCUGGGCCGCGGAGGCGGUGCUGCUCCCCAGAAACGACACCGACUUAGACCUUGUGGCCUCCGGCGCCCCGUGCGCACGCGGUUCGCAGCCCUGGCAGGUCUCCCUCUUCGAUGGCCUCAAGUUCCACUGCGCGGGCGUCCUGGUGGACAAGAGUUGGGUGCUCACAGCCGCGCACUGCGGGAACAAGCCUCUGUGGGCUCGCGUUGGGGACGACCACCUGCUGCUUAUCCAGGGCGAGCAGCUCCGCAGGACCACCCGCCCCAUCGUCCACCCCAAGUACCAGCAUGGCUUGGGCCCCAUUCUGCCGCGGCGGACAGACGAACAUGACCUCAUGCUGCUGAAGCUGGUCAGGCCGGCUGUGCUGGGGCCUCGCGUCCAGACCUUGCGCCUGCCCUACCGCUGUGCCCAGCCGGGAGACCAGUGCCAGGUGGCUGGCUGGGGCACCACGGCCACCCGAAGAGUGAAGUACAACAAGGGCCUGAGUUGCUCCAGGGUCACUGUCCUGAGCCCUAAAGAAUGCGAGGUCUUCUACCCUGGUGUGGUCACCAACAACAUGAUGUGUGCAGGACUGGACCAGGGUCAGGACCCCUGCCAGAGUGACUCUGGUGGCCCUCUGGUCUGUGACGAGACCCUGCAGGGCAUCCUUUCAUGGGGCAUUUAUCCCUGCGGCUCUGCUCAGCAUCCAGCUGUCUACACUCAAAUCUGCAAGUACACCUCUUGGAUAGAGAAAACCCUUCGCUCCAACUGA